AUUGUGGGCAGAAGAUCCACACAGUCUGGAUCCAAACAAUCCUUAGUGGAGUUUAUACCCAGCAAUGUGCUGGAUGAUCAAUGGGUCCCAGAAGAGAAGACUGCCCAGAUGUCUCAGAUGUCCGUCCCUGUCUUUGGCCUUCCCACGGACACGGUGACAAACCUGCACAACAGCCUGUACAAACCGCACCGAUUCCGCAAGCAUCGCCGCAAGUAA